AUGCCGCGUGCAGUCCGAGGUCUACUCAUAGAAUGCGACCCCUCGAUCAAGGCUAUGAUCUUGAAGUAUGAUGAGGAGCGACACGACUACGUUGUGGAAGACUUGGAAGAUGAGAGUCAUCUGGUUAUCAAGGAGAGCCAACUGCAAAACCUGAAAACUCGCCUGGACCAGGACCUCGAUCAAAAAAUCAUGCAACUUGAUGAAUCUGAAUCGGAGUAA